AUGGUCGCCCAAUCUGCACCCAACGCAGCCAAUGCAGCAGCCAAGGGGAAUGCAGCCUCGGCAUCCAGCCAGCUGGCCAACAUCUCAAAGAUGCUCGGAUCCCACGUCACCUUCACUGUGGGCGACAAGCAGUCGCAAACGCUUUCCGGCAAGCUGUGGGCGUACGAUCCCAGCCUCGGCGUCGUCGGCCUAGAGUGCGAACCGACCACCUUGCCGUCGCACCUCCAAUCGGCCCCGGCCGCCGCAGCCUCGGUCGCCCAAGCCUCGCAGACAUCUCGCAAUCGCUUCGCACAGGCCUCCUCCGCCGUCGGAUUCACCAUUGUCAAAGUGUCCGAGAUCAAGAAGAUCGAGUUUCAACAUUCCACAGAUGCGGCUAACGGCGCUGCAUCGCAAGCACAAACCCUCACGCCCAUCCACCCGGUCUCGCUCAAGGCUGCCCAAUUGAGAGAGGCAGACGCGGUCAAGCAGAGCCUCACCAAGGUCGCACGCAUCGGCAAAGACGUCUCCCAGCUCGGUCAGCAGGUCUUUGAUGCCCUGAGCAAAACAUUGCCGUGUCGAUGGCACAACUCGCACAUCAUUGUUAUGGAGGAGGUCGUCAUAUCCGGCCCCGGCUACGAUGCUGCUUCCACAAACGUUCCCGGCUUUACCCAAGACCAGCUGCAGUCCUACAUAGAUGGAACCAACACCUCUCCGGCACCAGACGGCGCACAAUCCAAAGCCAACAGCUGGCAACGCGUCACAAAAGUGCUCCAGGGAGAAAGGCGCAAGAUGAACGCAGCAGCGGCGUAG